GCCUGGGCUCGCGGCGGGCCGCGGGGGAGCCAGGAGACCGCGCCGGGCAGCGGAUGAGGCGCGGAGGCUGUGGCCCAGGGCACCUCCCCCCGGCUUCCCCAAACCCUGCCCGGUCAGACCCGAGGGGGAGGAUGGAAACAUCGGCCGAACUCUGAGCCCCUCAGGAAGAUAACACCCUUCCCGCCCAGUCGCCCUGCGGUCCAGCGGAGGCCACCGACCCUUUCCCUCCAAGUCUCCAUCUCCCCGAGCCGGACCGAGCGGAAAAACCAGCGAUGGCGGACACCCUGAGGAAACUGGUCUCCAACGAUUUUUUACGAACCAUGUACGAGAACCUGGAGCGCUGGCAGAGGGAUUACAACACCAACUCAUGUGAUCAGAAUCUAAGUUUUUGCCUGGAAUUCAUUGAACAAGUUGCCAAGAUGCAGGGACAACUCUUUGGAAUCCUUACUACAACAGCUCAAGAAGGAGGACGGUAUGACGGUGUGGAAGUAAUCAAAUCACGCCUUUUGCCUUGGCUGGAGACCGCCUUUACUGCUGCUUCCUUGGGAAAACCUAUUGACAGCAAGGUCCCCUCUCUGCAGGACACGUUUGAAAGGGAGAGACAGAAAGAGGCUCGAGAUCGGGAGAUGAAACAAUUAGAAGUGGAGCUGAGCUCAACUCAUAAUCAAAUCAACCAGAUUCAAGACGAUCUGCCUGACUCUCCAAAGACUCUUGAAGCAACCAAGAACAGAUCAUCUAUAUCCCUUUUGGCUGCAGAGGAGGAAAUAAAUCAGCUAAAAAAGCAGCUUAAAUCUCUUCAAUCCCAGGAGGAUUCCCGCCUCAGAGGCUCAGCGCUUAGAGCGACUGUGCAAAAGAGCUCAGAGCGAGGUGUGGAGCCCAGAGGUGUGGAGUCCAGAGGCCCGGAGAAGAGGACCUCGGAGUUGAGGCGGUCAGAGCAUCGCAGCUCAGAAAAGCGCAGCGGCUUGGACAAGCGCAUCUCUGGCUUGGACAAGCGUGACCGUGACCGUGACCGUGACCGUGACCGGUGUGACCCCGAAGUGAUAUCCGAUUAUGAGAAGCAGGUCCGCUCGCUGAAGGACGAGAUCGCUGCUCUGACGGCCGAAAAGUCUGCCCUCCAAGAAAGGUCCGCCCGGAGCCAGUCUCCCAGCCCGGUCGCUCGCAGCUGCAGCCCGGUCGCUCGCAGCCGCAGCCCAGGCGCCCGCAGCCCCAGCCGCAGCCGCAGCCCCAGUCGCAGCCGCAGUCACAGUCGCAGAGGCAGCCGCAGCGAAAGCCGCAGCCGCAGUCACAGCCGCAGCCGCAGUCGCAGAGGCAGCCGCAGCCGCAGCCCCAGCCGCAGCCGGUCGGGCAGCCCCUCCAACGCGAUGGUGAAGAUCAGGACGCCGUCCCCGAACCGCGCCAAGGUGUCCAGUGCGGCGCGCAAGGCCGCGCUCCUGUCCCGGUUCAGCGACGCCUACUCCCAGGCCCGCCUGGACGCGCAGUGCCUGCUGCGGCAGUGCAUCGACAACGCCGAGACCGUGCAGCGCAUCAUCUACAUCGCCACCGUGGAGGCAUUCCAUGUAGCUAAAAUGGCGUUCAGACAUUUCAAGAUCCGCGUAAGGAAAUCUUUGACACCGUCUUAUAUGGGGGCGAAUGAUUUUGAGGAUGCCGUCACGGAUUAUAUAAUUUGUCACCUUGAUCUAUACGAUUCCCAAAACAGUGUCAACGACGUGAUUCGAGCCAUGAAUGUCAACCCCAAGAUUUCAUUCCCUCCGGAAGUUGAUUUUUGCCUCCUCAGUAACUUCAUCCAGGAGAUAUGUUGCAUUGCCUUUGCGAUGCAGACUUUAGAGCCACCCCUAGAUAUUGCAUUUGGGGCCGAUGGAGAAAUGUUUAAUGAUUGCAAGUACCGUCGCAGCUAUGACUCGGAUUUCACGGCACCCUUGGUCUUCUAUCACGUGUGGCCUGCCCUCAUGGAGAAUGACAUCGUUGUUAUGAAGGGGGAAGCUGUCACCAAGAGAGGGGCUUUUUGGAAUUCUGUGAGACCGCUAAGCCGGAGUCGAAGCAGGAGUUUAAGUCCCAUCUGCCCCCGUAGCCGUAUUGGUAUGAGCCUGAUAUCUCGAAGCCGGAGUCCUUCUCCAAUAAGAUGUGCACUGCCAAGGUAUUAAACCACCAGGCGUGUUCCUCUGCCACAGCACAUCACCUGCACCAGCGCAUCUGCACCAGCCCGCCUCCCUGACGCCCACCUGCCUCCCUGGCGCCCACCAGCCU